CCUGGCAAUCAGUAGUGGAGGUGAGGGCAUCGUGGUCGCCUCACCUGUGUGUGUUUUGGUGGUGAAGUGGCAUUAGUUAGGUGACGUGACACGGCACGAGGGGAGAAGGGAGGAAGAAGAACAAUCUGGGGGAAAAAAAGAGAGAUAGAGAGAGGAAACGUAAAAAGGGGAAGGGGCUCAGAGGAAUAGUAAAUAAAGGAGAGGGCUAGAAAGUAGUCGACGCGAUCGAAAGGAGUCGACUGAAAAGCGUGUUCAUUGGCGGACAUAAACACCCACGAUUAUAAUGUGCCUCAAAGAUGAUGGCAGACCCACAGACCAUCAACAGCCCUCCGCACAGUCAGCAGCCACAGGUUCCCCCAACAGUAACGCCGAACAGCAACAGCAGCAGCAGUUACACCAGUCGCAGCAGCAGUUGCAGCCCUGUAAGGGGGGUCUCCAGAACAGCGUGGGACACCCCCUUAGACCCGCUUCUGGAAAUCCUGCGUCUGCGAUUGCUCAGGGUUAUGAAGAGCCUUGGCCUUACACACGACAUCAAGGAACAUAUCACCCACACUGAGAGCAUAGAAGAUGGUGGAGGAGGAGAUGGAGGAGGAGGAGGUGGAGGGACACUGACAACUCAAACACAAGUUACUGUAGAUAGUAAUUCAAGCAGCACCACCACUGUCACCGACACACCAGAAGAAACAUCCACAAAAACCACUACUAGCAAGUUUACCAAAACAACCAAGGUGAAGACAAUCAAGAUUGUUAAGAAGAAGAAUUCACUUGUGGCAAAUGCAAUCAGUGAAAUUAAUAGCAUGGCAGAGCCACAGCCAAAGAAGUUCGUCAUUAAGAAAAGUGAAUCUCCUAAGAAAAUUCCAGGUUCUGUAAAGAAACUCUCAAUUACAUUUGAAUCUGAGCCUGGUAGUCCAGUUAAAACAAAGGAGUCAGCUGAAUCCCAAGUAGAAGACACUGAAAGAAAGAGAGAUGCAAAUUCUGUAGACCCAAAGGACCCAAGCAAGACAGAAGAGGUGAAUGAUUCCAAAACUUCUGAAGAAAUUUCAGGCACUGAAAAGUCAAGCAGCUCAGGCUCAGUAGAGCCUGGCUCAAGUAACACUAAUGGAACAGUCAGUGCAUCGGAAAAAGAUACUGUAACUGAGGGAUCUGAAGUAAAAGACAGCAAGGAAUCUGUGAAAGAGGUUCCUUUAACAGAGUCAAAAGUAAGUGCCAAGAUAAUAUCAGCAAGACAAAAUGCUGCUGUUGAUAGCAGUAAAACAAAAUCAGCAGAUGGAGUGUCUGAACCUGUCAAACCAAAGUUCGUUAUUAGAAAAAGGGUAACGACUAAGGUAGGUGAUCAGGCCACAGGUACCAGAGAUACAUCCCCUUCGAAAAACCUGGUUACUUCUAAAGAGGGAACGCCAUCAAAGUCUACACCUAAAGAUGGAUCACCAUCAAAGUCUACACCUAAAGAUGGAUCACCAUCAAAGUCUACACCUAAAGAUGGAUCACCAUCAAAGUCUACACCUAAAGAUGGAUCACCAUCUAAAUCCACUGCCUCUAAGGAGGGGUCGCCAUUGAAGUCUACAAUUCCUAGAGAGGGGUCAUCAUCAAAGUUAACCACUCUCCCAAAAGGUGGGUCACCAUCAAAGUUAGCAACCUCAGAAAAAGAUGGGUUACCGUCAAAAUCAACAGAUUCUUUAAAGGAAGAGUCUACCUCAAAAGUUUCGGUCAACGAUGGCAGUUCUUCAGCAGCGGAGUUACCUCCCUCAAAAGUUUCGGUUAAUGAUGGCAGUUCUUCAGCAGCGGAGUUACCUCCAUCGAGUAUUGCCAACCUGAAUGAUGCUCAGUCAUCUUCCGGUGCAGCAGCUUCUGGCAGCACCACUACAGAGGCUGUAGAAGCAGCCACAACAGCUGAUACCUCAGAAUUAAAUGCAACCAAGAAAACCAAGUCAUCAAGUGCAUUGUCAACUAGGCCUAAGAAGUUUGGUGAUGUGCCUAAAAUAUCAAAGACAAAGUCCACAGAUGCUGUGAGUGUAACAAAACUUAAAGUUGGCUCAGUUACUGUAAAUAAGAAGGCCAAGUCAGCAGAUGAUGUGAAUUUAGAAAAAGCAUCAGAAUCUACAGAUAAAGAAAAAGGAACCGAUGGAAAAGUAGCAGAAUCCAAAGAGAAUGUUAGUUCUUGCAAAUCUACUCUUUCCUCAGUGGAAGAUGUUUCAUGUAAUUCUGUAGCUUCAGCAGAAUUAUCUGAGGCUGCAUUAGACCGAGACUCUUCUAAGCUGAGUGAGUCACCAUCUGUAAGCGAUGACAAAAUUGUCACGGCGUGUGUAACUGUUACAAGUGAGUUAGAUGACCAUGCUGAUGCUGGUAGUAGUAGCUGUGAAGGGGCAACUGGCAUCACUGUUAGUGAAGCAUCAAAGGCUUCUGAUGUAGAUUCUCUUGAUUCUGAACUUAGCAAUGUUAGUGUGUUUGUCAUCGUUCGUGAUAUGAGUGGUUUAACGGUGGUUGUAACAAAAGUGACCAUAGUUACUCCAGCAACAUCAACUUGUGGUGAACUGAUGCAAGAAGUUGGAAGGCGUUUCAAAUAUGAGCCGGAUUCUUUCUCAUUGGUGUUGCAGUGUUCAGAUGGUAGUCAGGUUGAAAUAGAGAAGAUGGAACCAGAGCGAACCCUGGCCGAUGCAAAGUUUCAGACUGAAGGUACACCACGUAAUAAUUGUAUUCUCUGUGACCUCAAUGGCCAUCUUCCACGUAGAACAGAUGAAGAUGAUCUGAGUCUUGGUGCUUCAGCAUCUCCAACUGCAAAUGCUACGGAAAGAAAGUGGUUUGAAAGAAGCACGAAUUAUGAAAAUACUUCUACUGAAUAUUCAUACUCUUCAGCUUUGAUAAAGCAUGAUACAGGUUAUGCGGGUCUUGUGAACCAAGCAAUGACAUGCUACCUCAACAGUCUUCUACAAACAUUGUACAUGACCCCAGAGUUUCGCAAUGCGCUGUACCAGUGGGAAUUCAGAGGGUCUGAAGAAGAAGCAAGCAAAAAUAUUCCUUGUCAGUUGCAAAGAUUAUUUUUGUUAUUACAGACAACUAAUAAAAGUGCCGUGGAGACUACUAAUCUGACCAAGAGUUUUGGCUGGGAUAGUAGUGAGGCAUGGCAACAACAUGACAUUCAAGAGCUGUGUCGCGUCAUGUUUGAUGCUCUUGAGCAAUGCUUCAAGAACACACACCAAGCAAAUCUUAUUAAUGAUCUGUAUGAAGGAAAAAUGAGUGACUACGUUAAGUGCCUGGAAUGUGGUAAUGAAGGAGCAAGAGAAGAUACAUAUUUAGAUAUACCCCUUCCCAUCCGACCAUUCGGCUCCAGCACAGCUUACAAAUCUGUGGAGGAAGCCCUUAAAGCAUUUGUUGAACCAGAGCUACUAACGGGGAAUAACAAGUAUAAAUGCUCAAAAUGUGAUUCCUUGUGUGAUGCUCAUAAAGGCCUCAAAUUUACACAUUUUCCGUACCUGCUUACAAUACACCUCAUGCGCUUUGACUUUGAUUAUAAUACGCUACAUAGAAUCAAGUUGAAUGACAAAGUGACCUUCCCAAGUAUUCUAGAUUUAAAUAGCUUCAUUGAAACUGAGGGAUUAUCUGGGGCAGUAGUCACCCCAGAUAAGCCUUCUAUUGACAAGGUUGAUGAUGCAUCUACAACAGACUCAGGCUCAGCUCUCGAUGUGGAGGAUAGCUCAGUUGAAAAUACCUCAAAUUCACUACAUGAAUCAGACAAUCAGGAUGAAGAUGAAGGUAUUGAUGUCAGUAGUAUCUACAAUGAAAAGAACAAAUCUUGUUUAAGUAAUGGUCGAUAUGUGUAUGAAUUAUUUUCUAUAAUGGUACACUCUGGUAGUGCAUCUGGAGGACAUUAUUAUGCAUACAUUAAGGAUUUCAGAACUGGAGAAUGGUUUUGUUUUAAUGACCAAAGCGUUUCUAAGAUUACUUAUAAUGAUAUAAGAAAGACAUAUGGAGGUUCCAGCACUAGAGGGGGUUACUACUCCAGUUGGAGCUCGAGUGCCAAUGCCUAUAUGCUCAUGUACAGACAAAUCACAAAGGAGAAAAAUGUUCAUGCAUUUACUAAGGAUGAACUCCCUCAACAUAUCAAGGAUUUAGUACAAAGGAUGACAGAGGAGGAAGCAGCAGAGCGGGAACAAAGGGAGAUUGAACGUUGCAUGUGUCGGAUUAAAUUAUUCUGCCAACUGCCAGGACAGAAUCAAAUGGCAGAGAAGAAGUUAAGAAUUCAUAAAGACACUACUCUCAGGGAAGCCACAAAGCAGGCAUAUGAAGAAAUGGGACUCCAGAAUAUAGUGCCUAUCGAGAGGUGUCGUCUGGUCAAAUAUGAAGAAUUCCAUGACAGUUUGGAGUGUUCUUUUGAAGGCCAAGAAGAAGAGCUUAUUUCAGAGAUUCUGGGUGGUGUAAGAAAUAACUAUAAAUUUGAUCUUCUCUUGGAGAUUCGGGAUGAAGACAAAGCCUUUGAAGUUUACAAACCAGGAGGUACUACAAUUAAAGCCCAUGUAGUAAAUCUAACAAGUGAGGAAGUUGAGGGACCAUAUACUCUACGUGGAAGUUUAAGCAUGACUGUUCGAGAGCUGAAGGAGCUUGUAGGACGUGCUUUGAACCUAAACCCAGAUACUAUGCGAAUAGUUUUGGAACGAUAUUAUAAUGACCUUCGUCCUUUAAGUACAGACUCCAAGACAUUAAAAGUAGAAGGCUUUUACAGGUCUAACAAGAUUUAUGUUGAAGCAAGCGGUAAAGAAGCUAAUGACUGGUUUACAGGAUCCUCUAUGUACUGCAUUUUAGAUAGACAUGAAAACACCAUUACUCUUUACUGCCCGUUACCAGAUACCAGUAAAGAGGCAUUAGAAGAACUUCAGAUACCCUCAUAUAAAGAGGAGGAAAUUGAUUCGGCUGAAGUUGCAGAGAGCAGUGGAAGUGCUAACAACAGUGGCACUUCUACUACUUCUUUUGCCGACUCUCCAGCUGACAGUGCUGCCAGUCCGGCCAGUUGUUCAAGUAAAGACAGUGGAUCCCCUUUCUUGAAAUUCCAGAUUAGUAGUAAGGGUCCAAAUGACUUGUCCAGCAGAGAUAUGGCAAGUAGCAGUAAUAGUUCUAUACUUAGCAAUUCAUCAGAAGUAAGUGCUUCUUCGCCAUCUACGUCGACAUCAACAAUACCUAGUCCGGGCACGUCAUCUACGUCACAAGAAAGUACCAGUUCCUUGCAGGGAGUGUCUGCUUCCACUUCCACAGCUUCUCCAUUUGCUACCAGUGCAGGCAAUGGUAGUGAUGGAGAAGAUGAAGGAAUAGCGGAUGCUGACAGUGGUGCUGGCUCUUCUAAUGUAAAUAGUGAUCAGAGUGCCAGUGAAGAUUCUUCUUUAACUAGUGAUAGUGACAGAACUUUAGUUGGAGAACCACCAGAAGACAAGUUGUCUGAUGCAAGCAACUCUCCAGAUUACAGAAAUGUUUCAUCUCCUGAGGACAAUAGUCGAGAUACCAAAGGUGAUGACAUUGGUUGGUGUUUACCUAUUUUCCAGGACAACGAUGCUGGAUGGGGUGAGGAUGAGAAGGAACUGGAGAUUAAACGUUACUUUAGGGCAGAGUACUUCACAGAAGAAGAAACCAACCAAAAAAUGUUGAGAGUGCAUGUCGACAAAAGAAUCACAAUGGGUCAACUUAAGAAAGAAAUGCAAAAAUGGGUUGGUGUGUCAAGUGAACAUUUCAAGCUCUUCAAAAUAUACUCCAAUAGCCAAGAGUUUGAGUGCACAAGGAUGACAGAAACUUUAGCUUCAUAUGGUGACAACACAAGAUUGAAUGUAAGGUUAGGCAGAGCUUUAUUACCCGGGGAGCAGAGAGGCAAAGUUUAUCUUUUGGAACCAGAAAACAUUGAUGAUCCUGCUCGUUUUCUUAUUGACUGGGUUGUCACUAAGGGUGAAACUAUUGGGAAUGCUAAGAGGGCAAUAGUGAAAGAGGUCAAUGCCAGAUGUAACAUGACUCUUACUCCAGAACUUGUCCGUUUACGAAAGAAGAGCUGGAAAAAUCCUCAAGCAAUUUAUCUGGAUGACCAAAAGUUUGAUGAUGACAUAUCAUUAUAUUCCAACUGGGAACUCUUCUUGCAGGUAUUGGAAGGUCCUGAAAUCAAAACCCAUAAUAUUGAUGAGCUGGCUUUGUUUGUUCGAAGAUGGAAACCUUCAUCUUAUACCCUGGAUCCCCUUAAAGAGGUUAUCAUUCCUAAGCCUACUAUGGAAGAACUUAAAGAUAAGUUAUCAGAAUUGUCGGGCAUCAGUGUUGAGAACAUAGAUGUUGCCAAGGGUAAAGGGACAUUCCCAUGUGACAUGUCUGUGUUAGACAUAACAGAGGAACUUGACUGGACGCCCCGUGUUGGUCAGUUGAACCAGCGACCCCUUUAUAUUCUAGAUGAUGGUGCUAUGAUGUAUUUCAGGGAUAAAACGGAAGCUCUCAAAGAACUAACAGAAGAAGAACGAAGAGAGUUAAACAGUUCUGAGAAUCGUCGCCUUAACCGUGAUCUGCAGUAUUCGUGUCCCAGUUCAACAACAAAUUACAGUAACAUUAGAUCUAAGGAAAGAGGGUUGAAAAUAUAUUUGAACCAUGAUGAUUAAAGUAAAUUAUGAUGCUCUUGUAAAACAAAGUGUGAAGUUUUGUAAAUUGAAGUACAGCAUUAAGAUAAAAUCUGUAUAUAAUGUCACUGCCUCAUCUUGAUGAGGACAGUGAAGUCAGACUUGAGUAUUUUACAUUAAUUUUAUAAAUGAAAAAUAUCUAACUUUUUUUUAUUAUUGUAUUUCAUCUGAUAUAAUGUUCCAUGCAGCAUAUAAACAAACCUCUACAGCUUGCAUACCUAUAAUUAAGGGUACACUGUAGUGCUGUUGUAAAUGUUAUGAAAACUGUGAUGUAUUUUGAGUCUCAUAGCUACAUCCUUUGGCUCAUAUAAAGAAAUGUUGUAAUUCACUUGUGUACAAAGCUUCCACAGAUGUUUUACCAAAUGACAAAGCUUGGGUUACAUAUCUUGGGGUUACAUUCUAAAGAAUCUGAAAUUAAUUUGUACUAUUUGAUGAAGCUGUUUCUUGAAGUUAUUGAAUAGGCCAAAGACACUUUCUUCAAACAAUUUCAUUUCCAUAUAGUGAGAUAUAUAAAUAUUGCCAAUGAUUAGUAACACACUAGCAAUAUGUUUAUUAGAAUUAGGUUAGACAUGGAGUUUGCUGAGGAAAGGAGAUCCUAUCUAAUCAUUGCAGUUUGUGUAUAAAAUAAACAUGUAAAGAAAAGUUUUAUGGUAAAAUGAUAAUUAUAUUUUCUCACUAAAUGAAUAAAUGUGUAAUUUUCAAGUGAUCAUUGGUGGUUAGAAGCAUUGUUCCUGUUAAACAGUGUUCAGAGAAAGACAUACAAGCUACCAUAAUUUUAUAAGAAGACAAUCUGUGAUUAGGGUUUGUGUGCAUGGUCAGUCUUAUCCCCCUGUUUUCUUUCAUUGCUCAGUGGGUGUGAAGAUUAUCACAAGUACAUACAUAUUGGUCUCGGUGGACUUUUCUCUUUCAUUAUGGUCAUUACUUGCAAUACAGCUGGUUUUCAUAAUGCAGCUAAGUUAUGGUGAUAACAUCACCACAAAAAGGUAUGUGUAAAAUGCUUACAUACCAAAUGUUAGUUGGUUGAUGAUUAUGCAUAGGCAAUGCUGUAUAGUGCAUAAUAAUUUGCUGCUCAAGUAGAAGUUUGUGUAUGCUGGCUGUGAUUUUUUGUGUACAUUUCCUGUUGUGUCGAAAAAAUAUGUGCUACUUAUGUCACAUUCCAAAUUUAGGCUAUGAUACUGCCUGAUUUGUUGUCUAUGAACAUAUUGCCUUGGGCAGAUUGCAUUCCACUUAUGGUCAUAGCCCCUGAGGUAUUUUCUAAGUUUUGUUUUUUUGUUACCUGCAGUGGAUGCAAUAAUGUAUGGUAUUGUAUUCACCAAAUUUGUGCACAAAAGAAACUACAUAAUUUUAUUACAAAAUUUUUAGUUUUGUCUUUUUCCCUUUGAACAUUAGAAUUUAAUAUUACAGUAAUUGUAAUCAUUCACCAGACUUGCACGUAAUAUUUGUAUAGGAAUUUUGUUUCUUCUCUCCCUAUUUCUUUUCAAGUUGGGUCCCAAAGCAUUCAGCAUUAUUGUGCAUAUUUAGUUGUAGAAAACUUUCCUGUGCCAUAAAAUUUUUAUGUAUUUUGGUAUGGGUUACUUGAAAUAAUUUUCAAAUGAUGAAUGUCAGAAUAAUAUGACUGGCAAGGGUUUUUAAUUGAAAAAAAAUUCUUAAAAUAUUCUUAACAUGGCAUUGGAUUGUAGUUUAAUAUAGCGAUGUGACUGUGAAUGUCAAGUUAGUGUUAUCCUUUGUUCAAAAUCUAAUGUGAUACUGAACUUUUUUUAUUAUGAUUGAUUGACCAUUUAUGAAUUUUAAUCACAGCAAAAAUACAGUGUUGUCCUAUGCAUUCAUCUUCCAAUGUUAUGAAUACUUAUAUUAUCAUCAUUUACCUGCAAUUCAUUGUAAAGUUUUAAAUUACAAUAUACACAUUAUCCUUAGUCACAACUUUGAUGUAAAUAUUUACCAUAUGAUUAAUAUGCAAAAUGUAUCUUUGUUGAUAAUCAUUGUUCAGUUGGUAAGUUCAUUGUAUUUAUGUAAAUGCUUAUUAUUGCUGUAUGGUUUAAUUGGUGAAAUUUUUCUUUAAACAUAGCCAUCUCUCAAAUGAGAAACUUAUGGUUGCAUUUCUGAAAGCUUGGAAUUGUUCUGAAAUCAUAAACAUACUGUACUUGUUGAUAUAACCUAUCAAGCAGAGGCUUUGAUAGUUGUAACAAAAUUGAGGAUUAAAAUCAGUAUACGUAUAUCAUUGCAGCAUUAGUGGCUAAGGCUGUGUAGAAACACAAUUAAUGAAAGUAAAUAAUUAGCCUGGUUUUACAAAUUACCGUUGUUGGUGUAAGUGUAGAUGUGCUUUGCAUCAAAGCUUUUUAUCACUGCAUCCCAUUUUAUUGUAUCUUCACCUUACUCAUAAGCACUUCUAAGGCACACAAAAUUGUCUGGGCAGUUUGUCUUCAGAUUUUUUACUAAUUUGUGUAGUAUAAUCUAAAACUGGGAUUUAUUCUGCAAUAGUCAUUGAUAAUUGGAGAUAUAACCACCAGUGAUCACUUUCCUAUAAGACAACUCCAAAUUGUAAGGCAAGUAUUCAUGUUGCUGUAUGAUUUUUUUAUGCAACACUGUAAGGAGCAAGCUUAUCUGCUUCAUUAUCAGCUCUUGGUGUUAUUUUGAAUAACAAAAGUGGAAAGAGCCAUGUGAUCAUAUGUGCUAAGUAAAGCUACAAUGCAGCUUUGAGAAUGCAGCAAGUAGGUAUAAGAAUAUUUCAGUUUAUAGAUAUGUGCAAUAGUAAAUUACUAAAGUAAAUGUAGGGCAAUUUUGAUAUGACAUUAAGUUGUAUCUCGACAGUAAAAAUACAAGAAAAAAUUAUCCUCAGAACAAAAUUGGAUAGUUUUACCAAUUUACUAAAAAAAUUUUGUACAAGUUAAAAAAAAAAAUGGGGUUAAUUGCCUUAGGAAGGUUGUAUGUGAACUUUUUAUUUCAGCUCAUCACCUUUUGGGUGUUUUGUAAAUAAUUGUUCGUUUUUUUUUUCUUCUGCAUUAGUGUAUUAAAUGUGCAUGUCCCUUGUCUGAAUGAGAAAAACAGCUGGAACUGUGGUGAUGUGUUCGAUACGUGGGUAAAUCUUAGUUCCCACCUUGUACAUACAACCAGAGUAUGACUGACUUUGUCUUGGGGCAAAUGCACUGUGUACAGUGAUAUUUUCUCUAUCUAUCUCUCUCUCUCUUUUAUUGUUAGGUAAAUCCUGUAUAUAGCUACCAGAGGUAUGAAUCCCAAUCUAACAAGCCACUUAGGUGUCUGUCAUCAUUAUUUAAUGGCUGUCACCCAAUUCUGCCAAUGCCUUGUAUUAUAAUUGUACUUGUCACUUUAUAUACAACUAUAUCUCGUUUCCCUGUAUUGGAUAUAUGGGGGUUACUGAAAGUUUUUAUACAUUUGAAAAGUUACCCUGGUAUUCACUCUAAGUACUUUGAAUUACAAAGUAUUGUUUACACAAGCCCUAGUCCAUGUUCACAAUUACUACGGUGUCAUUGUAUAUUAUGUGCAUAUGUUAUUUAUUGUUUAGAUUUUGUUAAUUUCUGGGGGAAAUGUUUUUUCUUUGGUAGUGUUCACACACACACACAAUUGAGUGCACAGAGCACAAGAGGGGAAAGUUUGCUAUGGUUGCUGGCAGAGAGCAGUAUUUUUUGGAAUACGGAAAUUGGUCAAGCAUCAUAAGGAAAAUGUGGUGAUUUAGCAGUAUAAAGUAAUCGUUAUGACUACAAGGGCUUAUAUAUAUAUAUAUAUAUAUAUAUGAUCUGGCUUUAAAAAAAUGAAAGCACUACCAAGAUUUAAAUGCCUGUGUGGAUGUGAGUAUAUGUAUAUAAAUAUUUAUGAAUGUGUGGACCAUUGAAUGGAUUUGUAUUUAAUAAUAUAAGCCUGCAAAGUUGUGUACGUUGGCUAAACUGUAAUUAGAAAAGGUAAUUUUGUGGAAGGUAACCGAGUAACAAUGAAAUUUUUAUGGCUUUUAUAUUAGCAUUUCCUUUUUGUUACUUCACUAAACAAGUGAUUUUUUUCCCCAUUUUGUUCAACUUCCUGAUUUUGUAGCGGCUAUAUCUUGAUGUGACAGAUUUCCAUCACAAUUUUCAAGUUUUAGCCAAGCUCCUAAUAAAUAUGGUUGUCAAA